AUGUCCACUACAAAUUGGGAUCCAAAAGAGCAUGUCUCAAAGAAUAUAAUAGCACUUCUAUCUAAUAUAGUUACCACAACUAAAAACUCAUCAAGUGUCGAUAUUGAUACCCGCAGCAAUAAUCACAACAGUAGUAGUAUUAGUAGUAUUAGUAGUAUUGGUGGUAGUGGUAGUAGUAGUGGUUAUAAUAAUUACAACUAUCCAUUAGCGUUCUUUCAUAUCGUACAAAAUUUGAAAUUACAAAAAAGAACGGGAUGGCUAAAUAAUGGAAUUUCGCCAACCUUGGCCGAGUCCAUCUCUGACCACAUGUAUAGAAUGGCAAUGAUGGCAUUUCUCUUAAGAGACAAAACCAUAGAUAGGCAUAAAUGCAUGCUUAUCUCUUUUGUUCACGAUAUCGCAGAAUCCCUGGUAGGCGAUAUAACUCCAUUCGAUACAAAAGUAGAUAAAAACGAAAAACAUCUACGAGAAUCUAAGGCUAUUCAGUAUUUGUGUGAUCAGAUAGUUGCUAAAUACAACAAACAGGCAGGUGAGGAAAUAAAAGAACGUUGGCUGGAUUAUGAGGAACAAAGAUGCAUUGAAGCAGUCUAUGCAAAGGAUCUGGAUAAAUUCGAGAUGUUGGUACAAUGUUUUGAAUACGAAAAGUCGGUUGUGUCAGAUUGCACAAGUAAGAAUGAUAAAACAGAUCAAUUGAGUCGAUUGGAACAAUUCUAUGAUUGUAUUGACCAAAUUACUACUGAAGAAGUUAAAGGUUGGUUGAAGGCGCUAUUAAAAGAAAGAGAGGAUUUUUUUAUUCAGUUGAAAUCAUCAGAAUAA